UUUUUUUUAUUCUUAGUCUCAUUCCUCUUUUUGACUCGUUUUUAUUAUCAUGAGGCUCGACACAUUUUAUUAUAAUUAUAAUCAUAACUAACUUACUCAUUCUAGCUUCUCGACUCUCUUCGUGUCAACCUCACAGGUGGCCCCUCUAAUAAUAUCCGUCCACAUAUCCCCAUCCCGGGCCUCGCCAACAUCGCCGCCCGCUAUCAUAAAGCAACACAAUCCGCGCCGCCGCCCGUCCUCUCAGCCAGCGGGCGCUAUCUCCCGCUCCUAUACCACUUGAUAUCAACUCUCAUCGCUGAACCGCAUAACUACACAGUGGUCGUUGUCGACGCCGAGAGCCGUUUCGACGUAACCCGCCUCGUUUGUUCUAGCCCCUCGAACAAUACUAGCAAUAGCAGCUAUCCAGCCCAGCUAUCUGAUCUGCGCCACGUGUACGUGUACCGGCCGGCGCGGGGGCGGGACCAAGUGCGGGCGGCGGUGGCGGCGGCGGGCGAGUGGAUGCUUUACGGGGCUCACGGGAGCCGGGCUCGUGAGUGGUGGGGCACGGUGGUGAUCGGCGGGGGAAGCGGCGCGAGUGUAAAAGGAGAUGUGAAUGCGGGAUGGAAGGGUUGGCUGAGGGUAGAGCGGGAGGAGGUAGCCGGAUUUCCGGUUGGUAUUAGCGUCGAAGAAGCACUACGUGAUAGAAAUAAGAGGCAAGAGGUUGUUGAGGAUGCGGGAUGGGUUGCGAGUUCGAGGGUUGGGAGUUAUGUGUGGAGCGAUAAUUAGAUGUUUGAAGACAUUGUCCUUAUUUUAGAUUUUAGAGUAUAAGAGUAUAAGUGUAUAAGAGAGGUAUACUAUUGCGUACCUAUAUAUUGUGGUGUAUAAUGGCAACAAAGACUUGACUGUUCAUCAAUCAUCAGUAUAAA